AUGCCCUCAGACGACGCGCGCGAACGCUCAGCGUCGCCAGCACGAGAAUCAAACCCGAAGAAACAAAAGUCCAGCGGCGGCUUCAAAUGGAAAGACAAGAAACCCCGCGAUGAAGAUUCAAACGCGCGAAGUGGUGGACGACUAGAACGAGGCUACAACAGAGGCCGCUCCCCGCGUCGGGACAACUAUCGCGACAGCGACAGUACUCGCGACCGCGAUGCCUCACGCAGAGACGACCGCUACAGAGACCGCUCGCCCCGCCGAAGGGAAGACCGCGAUCGCGGCACCACAGACAGCUACAGACCUGGGCAACCCCGCGACGAAGACAAGAAAGAGACCUCGGACAAGAAGGAAGUUGACGAGAAAGGCUUCCCCAUCUCCACAUCCUCGAAGCCCAAGAAAGAUAAGAAGGACAAGAAACCCAAACAGAUCACAUCCAACGAGCCUAUGAUUGUCGUGAACGUGAACGAUCGCUUAGGGACGAAAGCUGCCAUUCCGUGUCUGGCGAGUGAUAGCGUGAAGGCAUUCAAGGCGAUGGUAGCGGCGCAUAUUGGACGGCAGCCGCAUGAGAUUAUGUUGAAGAGGCAAGGCGAGAGGCCGUUCAAGGAUCAGUUGAGUCUCGAGGACUAUGGGGUCAGUAAUGGCGUGCAAUUGGAUUUGGAGUUGGACACCGGGGAUUGA